AUUUUAUUGAGCACAAUGAAGUUGAGGUGGCACCAUCUAGAUGGUUGGAGUGGAAUGAAGAGGUGUUGUAUUGCUAUUGGCCUCACUCAAAUGCUGGUUUCUUGGCCAAAAAUGUGCCAUGCCAGACAAGCAGCUGUGGACUAAAUAUGCCGUCCGAAUAUUUUCUGACACAGAUAGUUAUGAUAUGGCAAGAUUCCGGGCAAGAAAAGCCCAGGAAACAUCACAUGUUGAGGACUCUGAUGGAAAUGGGGGGAGAAAAGUCAUUCCUCCAAGACGAUUUAGAGAAGAAGAGGUUUGGCUCAGCCAACAAAGAUGUGCAAAACAGGCUGGAAGGUUUCAUGAGAACAGUGAAUCAUCUCAAGAAAAUGAAAUUACCAGCUUACAUGCAAAGAGAACUAAACAAAAGAAAAGGUCAAGAAUAACAGCAACUGCACCUGCACCUGCGACUGAGGACGAUGAUGAAGUUCCUUCUGUUUCAACAUUCCAGUCGGAGACACAUCAUUCCAGUUCCACAAAUCAGCAGUUUCAAGAAAUCUAUAAGUUAUUUGAGGGUUUGGAGAGGAGACUACACUUAAAACUUGAUCAAAUGCAUGCUGAUAUAAAGACAGCACUUGAAGCAAUCCAGCAAUCAGCAAGCCAGCCAAGCACCUCUGCCACUGCCUCUGCCUCUGACCUAACUGAGGUGCUAGAGGAGCCUUGCAAGACAGUGAACGAAUUGGAAGACCUGUGUAAAAUGCUGAAAGUUGUUGACUUUCGCAAGAAAAUUAUGCGAUAUCUUUGUCUUCAGAGAGGAGGCAAUUUGGGGGAUGGCAUAAGAAGAAUGCUACAUAAAAUUGGAGAAAAUUCCCUAUGGGCAGAGUACAGCUACAAAGGGAGAAAAGGAAAAGACCAUUUCAGAAACUUCUGAUUAAUGACGUGAUAAUACGUGCCUGCAGUAAGGUGUACCCACACCACAAAUCACAGAGUGUGGAGGAGAUGAUUGCCAUGACUCUAAAGCAUGCCCCACAUCGUGAGAAAACAAAAACAAUUAAUCAGGUUCCGAACUCACGGGUGGAAUCGGACCUGGAGAACUAACACGCAGCAACUGGAACACGCUGGAACACACGCACACACACAC